GUUUUUUUUAUGACAGUCCUCCCUCGUCAUGUCUCCACAUGCAGCCACCAGCGAAUCCUAUCCAAGCUUGUGCCAAAUGAGAACGGGUCGGGAACAGUGCUAAUGGACUCAUAUAUAAUUACAACUGUCAAUACUCAUGCUCUUUAGCCAGGGCUGCGCGGCUGUCCCUGGGCUCCGUGGCGUUCGUCACGUUGAGUAACGAAAGAUGGAUUAUGCCGCCGCUACUUGUACCAACGAAAAGUUGGGCACUCCGGGAUUUUUGUUGCGACCACCGUCAGGACCUGGGCUGCCGGCUUCGACUCGGCAUCCAUCGGACGUCGCCAAGCAAGCCGCAACCACAACGUGGAAUCCUGCCAUCAAGUGCCGGGCACAGCUAGAAUACAACUCAGCUGCUGCACCAACAAGCAGCUUUGGUCCGCCCAUGGAACGGCUUGGCGUCACCUCAGAAUGUACGCCAUCGGUGCACCCACGCUCAGGAAAGCAACGAGCCGGUCAACCAUCAGCCCAACCUGCUGAACCGUUUCGGAUGCGUGAUCAGGAGCAGAGAUGGGACUCUCGGGCCGGUGGCCAGGCUGGGCCUCCUAGUACAUUCAUCCCUAGCAGGGCUAGCAGCUCAAGUGCAGGCGAUGCAUUAUCGGGGGGAGCUAGUGGGCCCAUCUUUGCAGGUGGCCGACACGAUUCAUUUCAUUCUAUGAAUAAACCGGGCCGAAUGCCCGACUACUUAAAGGUGUACACUGUCCCAAGGGACAUUCAGUGUGAGGAGGGCAUUAUUAUCGAGCCUAUCAUCCAGAGCCUCGGCAUUGGUGAUAAGCAGAUGGAGCAGCGCAUCACGGACCAGAUGACCAAUCUGUAUGACUUCUUCAAACAGUUGUACGAUCAGGAUCAGGAAGAAAUCAGAACUCUGCAAGCCCAAGUGGCGCAGCGAGACAUGGAACUGAGGCAGAUGCGCAGGGUGAACCUGACGCCAACGAAGGAGGGACAGCAGCAGCCGGCCGUCACUAGCCUAAUGUCGCCUGCGAGAUGCAGGCAGCGGCUGGAGAGCUCUCCAUGCAAAGCCUCGGGAGCGAAGGCAGCUAUCCUGCCGUCUCAUGGCGGCAAGCAGCCGGUGACGCUGUUGCUGCCGCCGCUCCUAAACCCGGCUCGGCCGUUCUACAAAUGGUGGGCCAACGUCCACAGCCUCUACCAUCGCCACAUCACGCUAUGGCUGGGCAUCCUCUUUGCGCUGGUUUUUAUUAUCGCCAUUGUUCUGCUGGCGGCGCUGCUACUUGGCAGGUCCCACCAGAACAUCACUACUGCCUACUCGCCGUACAUGCCGCCAGGGCCCUCCAUCACGGCCACGUGGCCCAUGGGUCUGUCAUUCAAAGCCAACAUGUCCU